AUGAUCCGGUCUCUACUACGUGCUCCCCGGCGCAUCCACAGAGUAUCUGUACCAACAACUCCUGCGCUUCAUUGUCGACCCCCUAUCACCCAUCCAUUCAACCGUGCCAGCCAACGAUCCUUCACAGCUUCACGCGGGUUCAGCCAAGAUGAAUCAGAUAUACAGAUUCAUCUACGCAAUGAUAAACUUAUAGCUCAACAGGAUGGUUUCCAGAAAUCACUGUCAUUUAUCCGACUGCGUGACUGGUGUACAUGUCCAACUUGCGUGGACGUCCAUUCCAAGCAACGAAACUUCCGGACUUCUGACAUCCCCUUGGAUAUCAAACCCAAUUCUGUCAAAUGGGAUCAGGAUUUUCUGGAAGUAACCUGGGAAAACGAUAUUCUCGGAUUCGACCCUUCUCACACUUCAAGAUAUGCAAUGAGCGAACUGGACGGUAUUACGCGCUACGGUGUUACCUCUGAUACCGGCCUUAAAAGAUACCGCGUUGACUGGGACGGACCGCUCAUGGAAAAACUACAGCAUUGGGUGUCAUACGAGGAUUACAUGAACAACGGACCCGAAUUUACACGCGCCAUGCGAAACCUAUCCGUGCUGGGUAUGAUAUUCGUGAAAGAUGUCCCAGAUUCGCGGGAAAUGGUUGAGAAAAUUGCCACGCGCAUUGGACCUCUCCGAAACACCUUCUACGGACCGACAUGGGAUGUCCGCACAGUCCCCCAGGCUAAGAAUGUUGCUUACACCAGCCAAUUUUUGGGGUUCCACAUGGAUCUCAUGUACAUGCGGGAUCCGCCAGGCUUUCAGUUUCUGCACUGUCUUCGCAAUUCGUGUGAUGGUGGGGAGUCGCUGUUUGCGGAUGCAUUCCAUGCUGCCGCCAAAAUGCAUAAAUACGAGCGGGAAAAUUUUGACACGCUAACGAAGACAAAUCUCUCGUACAGCUAUCUACAUGAGGAUAGUAAAUACUGUCAAUUACGGCCGGUGUUUGACGUGGGGGCUGACAGAUCGAAAGGUUCACUCCUUGAAUUUGUCAACUACUCACCUCCCUUCCAAGGUCCUAAAAUUGAGGGCAUGGACAAGGCAUAUGGGUCAGUAGGGUGGCAGAAAAUGGAGAUCGAAGCCCUGCAAUCUUUCGCCAAGCGUCUCGAAUCCGAAACCUCAAUAUUCGAAUUGAAACUUAAUCCUGGUGAAUGCGUUAUAUUUGAAAAUCGUCGCGUGGUUCAUGCUCGCCGUCAGUUCAAUACUGCUACGGGUGAGCGGUGGCUUGCGGGAGCUUAUCUCGACACCGAUGUAGUUCAGUCUCGUUUCCGUGUGCAAAAGGAGGCUGACACGUAUGCAUGGACAAACCCUGCCGGCUCUGGCAAAGGCUAA